CACCAAAACCUGUGGGAGGCAACAUGGCGUCCGUACACAGCGGCCAAACGCAGAACUCCGAGCGAGAGGCGCCAAAGCUGUCGGAGUUGUUGGAGCAAGGCUGGAAAUUAUACGAGGAGGUCGACAGCACGAACGAGCCCACUGCUUCUAACCCGAUUCAGGUCAAAGUCAAGCGCGGUAUAAUGAAACUGGAGGAAGCGACGCGUAUGGUUGCUCAGCUGGACCUGUUCAGUCGUAACGAGGAGCUGGAGGAGGUGGCCACAGCAGAUCUGAAGUACCUGCUUCUCCCAGUGCUGUUGGCGGCGCUGACCCUGAGGCAAGUGAGCCCGGCCAAGCGCCCGGAGCACCUGAGCACAGCACGUGUCUACUUCAUGGACUUCCUUCGCAGGUGCAAGGACUACAAUAUCAGCUCCUUCCACAUGCCUGCAGACACACCCACAGGGGAGGAGUCAAACUCACAGGUGCCCACCCCACGCUCCCAACCUGACCUCAUUGCUAUGGCAACACAGAGACGAGCCAAAAUUGAGAGGUUUCAGCAGCGUAAGGCGACGGAAGCGAGGCUGGCGGAGGUGCGAGUGCUGGUGCAGGGCGGCUCCGUGGACGACGAGGUCCUAAGGGAACUUCACCUGCUCCAGGUACGCCGCUGGAUCCCACUCGCCAUCGAGGAGGUCGACUCCAUCGACCAGGAGCUCCAGAUCCUCAAGAGGAUGGAUGUUCUCAAACAGAGUUCAGUCCAGCCAUCACUACCAAGAAAGCCACCCAUGAAGCCUUUUAUUCUAACUAAAGAUGCAGUGCAGGCCAAAGUGUAUGGGGCAGGGUACCCCAGUCUCCCUACUAUGACUGUAGAUGACUGGUACGAACAGCACAGGAGAAAAGGAUGUUUACCUGACCAGGGGAUAUCCCAGAGACCAGUGGAUGCCGAAGGAGAAGACGGGGAGAAGGAGAGCAGGGAGGACGAUGAAGAGGCCCUGCAAAAGGCGAGAGACUGGGAUGACUGGAAGGACACACACCGGAGAGGUUAUGGGAACCGCAAGAACAUGGGUUGAGCUCUCACACACACUCACACACACACACACACACACACACACACACACACAAACACACACACACAAACACAAAGCCCCUCUUUCCCCAGAAAUAAACUUUUUAAAAUGCUGCCAGUGUGUGUGUAAAGACGUGACCUCAGAGAUUGAUGCUAUAAUGCUUUGGAUGUUUUGUAUUUAUAUAUAUAUAUAUAUGUUUUUUUUUUCCUCUCACAUUUGUUUGAUGUGGUCACCUUGUAGGCCCACAUUCAUCCAAAGCCCAGGGGGAGUGGUUACAUAUUAACCAAUAGGAAAGACAGACAUUUGUGAAUAAAUGUGUUGAAUUGUCCUCUACCACAUGAAAAGCAUUGAGACUGCAUAUGUGUGUACAUGCGUGUUUGGGGGACAGUCCUCGUAAAACAGCAAAUUACUGUCCUAAUCAUCACAGCGUUGGGAGACUCUGCAUCAGCUCAUACAUAUUUAAGGACCUGGUUAAUAAUUAUUUGUGAACGUUAUUGUAUUCAUUAAUUCCUAAAGGAAACAACCCCUACAGUGUGCAUGUUUCAUGAUAGCUGUGUGCACGUGUGCCUGUGAUGUUUCAUAGCUGUGUGCGCGUGCAUUUCUGAACGCACCUUUUUUGGUGUGUUCUCUGGUAGGCUACAGGUGGGCGUGCUGCAUCUUUAUUUUAGAAUAAAUUUAAAAACUGCAUUUCAAAAAUAAAAUGAAUAAAAUGUUA